AUGUUCCACUUCAAACUAUCCCAAGAGGAAUCCGACCACCUUGAACAUUACACUAUCAAGACUCGAGACUGCUCGUAUGUUAACAACUAUAUUAACAUUCCUUACCUUUUUAACCCAACCAACAAAGUUAUCCCCAAAAACAUUGUUCCAAAUUUCAUCACACUCUCUGGAAAUGUUAUGCCUUUGCUUGCCUUUUUGACAAUGACAUUACUCUACCCAGACUAUUCCAAGCCACUUUCGCCUUUGAUGAAUCUCUUCAUAGCAUUUAGUAUCGCUUGGUUUUGGGUGGCAGACUCGGUUGAUGGCAUCCGAGCAAGAUCCUCUGGCAUUUGUUCGCCGAUUGGCGACUGGUUGGAUCAUUCAUUAGACAAUGUGACCUAUUUCUGUUUCACUGCGUUCAUCGACCACAUCUUCUUAUGUAACUCUGUAGCAAAGGAAAUCAUGAUUAUCAUGUUUAUGGUAUACACUUCAUACUGUGUCCAAAUACAAGCCGUAUACACCAACGCUAUUCAUUUAGGUCAAGUCAAUGCGUCAUGCGAAGGUAUUAUGGCAUUCAUUGGGUUAGUGAUCUUCGACAUCUUCGUCCCAAUGCGAGACUUCUCAUUGUUUGGGAUUCCCGCUUUCGACUUAGUGGUGCCAUGCUUGGCUGGGUUAUUAGUCAUUCACACAGUAGUGAUGGUUACUGGGAUCAAACAGAACUUCCCCGGAAAUAAAGACUUUGUAGUGGAGAGUAUCAUAUUACUGUUCAAUUGUUGUGUAUCACUCAUUCUUGGCGCUACAUUCUUCUAUGUCUUCUGUAAAGAACAAACCCUAGUUAAUUAUAUUGUCACUAAUUUGUGGAUAUACGCAUGUUCCUUGACAUACAUCGAUAUGGUCAUCCAAUGCAGAUUGUUUGGAAGAAAGAAACCAAGUCUAUUUGACUUAAAACAUAUCAUCGCUGUCGUCAUCCCUUUCAUUUGUAUACCGUUCUGUACCUACACAACUGCUAUUGUUAUUGGCGCGUUCGCAGCACAAGUCAUCAUGUGGACAGACUGGGUCGCUACUCUCCUCUCUAUGCUCGAUGGACUCAAACUUAAGUUGUUCCAAACGGAACCAACGCGAUUCGCUCCAAAGAAAAACACCUCGUAA